ACCGGGCGUAUACCGGGAAUACGGGUCCUAUACCAGGAGUACGGGGGGCACCGGGCACACACCGCGAAUACCGGGGACACCACCUAUACCGGGCACAUACUGGGAAUAGUGGGGACACCGGGAAUACCGGGCACACACCGGGAAAACCGGGCACCACGUCCAGUCCCUCCAGCCCCGGCCUCCCGCGGGCACCAGGCGCUGUAGCGUUUUGCAGGUGUCCCUCCCACGCCCCGCUCCCGGGACAGCCCUGCUGCAGGAGUGACCUUGUCCCACACACCUGGAGUCAGCGGGACCGCCCGUGUCCGUGUGUCGGGAGCGCCGCGAACCCGCCGCGUCCCUGCGCGUCUCCCCGGGCACCUCCACAGGGUGGGCGUGGGAACAGCCCCGCUCUGCACCUGCAGCUGAACGUUUGCAUUAUCUACAAACCCCACCGAGCUGCAUCUCCAAGUGUUCUGGUUUCGUGGAGCACUGUUCCCGCUGGGGUUCAACCCUCGUGCUCACCAGGGGCGCUGCCAGGACAGCCCCGGAGAACCGGGCGCUGCCGUCCAGCAGCACAGCCAAGCACCCGCGUCCAUCCGAGUCCUCCCCUCAGUUUGCCAGCUGAAUCCCUGCGGUCUCUGGGGGUUGGAGUGUCAGGGAUAGCAGUGCCCACCCAGAGAUGCCCUGACAGAGGCGCCAGCCCAGCCCCUGAUGCUGGCCGGGAAUCCUGGAGUGGAGCAGCUGGAACCCUGCAGCUCCAGGACAGGGACCGGUCUGAAAUGCUGACCCGAGGGAAGAGGGUCCACGGCAGCAGAGCCCACUCCAGACCCUGGUGCUGCUUCUCCCGCAGGAGGAUGGACUGCACUGCUGAGGUCACUCACACACUGCAGAGGAGUUUGGAACUACAGGCUGAGGGAGGAAUGAGUGAGGUGGUUUGCAGAGAAGAUGGAUGAGUGGAAAGCAGCUGAGAAAUUCCAUGAGAAAUGAAGCUCGUCCCUCCAUGCCUGAAGGUACCAGAGGAGAAUGAGAAGCAUGAGAAGCUCCGCCUGGAGAGGGAGCAGGAGCAGAAGGUGGCCAGCAAGGCCAGCGUGCCACGGGCCAACAGUGCCCUCUCCCCGGAGGAGCCCCGAAGCGAACUGCUGGUGCCCGUCUCCCCCCCGGCCCCGGUGCCCCCGCCGCCCCCGCCCCUGGCAGCCCCCAUCUCAGUCAUUCCCAUCCCCGUUGUCACCAGUUCCCCCCAGCAAGCGGCCCAAACCGCCCUGUCCCCGCCGCUCGUGCAACGCCACCAGCCCCUCGUAAGCACUCCCAGUGUCCCCAAGGAAUCCUCGUCGGUGGCUCCGGUGAUCCAGAGGCCGCCGGGCCCACACCUGCCGGAUGGGAAAGCUGUCACCCCGCCGUCGGGCAGCCCCAAGCAGCUCCAGCAUUACCCGGCGCCGGUCCUGGCCAUCUCCCAGCACCACGUGGUCCCACAGCCCAUCCAGCCCCUGCAGCACCCGGCAGCGCCCGCGCCCCUGGGCGCCCUGAAGCUGGCCCCGGCAGACGACCUGAAACCCAUCGAGCUCAAGAAGAGAAUUGGAGGGGUUGGGACCAGGGAAGUACAUAAUAAAUUGGAGAAGAACAGACGUGCACAUUUGAAAGAGUGCUUUGAGACUUUAAAGCGCAACAUCCCCAACGUAGAUGACAAGAAGACCUCAAACCUCAGUGUCCUCAGGAGUGCCUUGCGAUACAUCCAGACUUUAAAGAGGAAGGAAAAAGAAUAUGAACAUGAGAUGGAGCGGCUGGCGAGAGAGAAGAUCGCUACCCAGCAGCGACUGGCAGAGCUGAAGAACGAGUUGAGCCAGUGGAUGGACAUCUUGGAGAUUGACAGAAUUGUUCGACAGACAGUUCAGCCAGAGGAUGACCAGGCAUCUACCUCGACAGCAUCAGAGGGUGAAGACAACAUCGAUGAAGACAUGGAAGAUGACAGGCCAGUGAACUCAUUACCAAAACUUACCCAGCGCCAGCACCCAGAGCUGCUGAAAGCUGUCCCCCCGAAUGCUGCUCCCCCCCUGCCCGCGGUCCUGCCCCCUCACCUCUCCAUCCAGCAGAAGCCCCACGCCCAGCCCCCCCUGCAGACGCAGGCACUGGUCCCGCCGCAGGCGAUCGUCCCUGCACAGACUCACAUCGUGGCGGCCUCGACCGUGCAAUCGACUGUUAUCGCCCACACGGCCACCACCCACGCCUCGGUCAUCCAGACUGUCAACCACGUGAUUCAGGGUCCACAGACCAAGCACAUUGCUCACAUUGCACCUUCCACGUCCAGCCCCGUGCAACUCACCACUGCUGCUCAGCCCAUCGGCCACAUCACUGUGCACCCCGCCACCAUCAACCACAUGGCCCACCUGGGCCCGCAGCUGCCCCUCUACCCCCAGCCCGUGGCCGUCAGCCAGCCCGUGGUGAGCCACAUCGCUCACACCAUCUCGCACCAGCAAGUGAACGGCACGGCGAGCCUGGGCCAGCCGGCGGUGAUGGCCAAGCCGGCCGUGGGCACCCAAGUCGUGCAUCACCCGCAGCUGGUGGGGCAGACGGUCCUGAACCCCGUGACUAUGGUGACCAUGCCGUCGUUCCCGGUGAGCACGCUGAAGCUGGCCUAGAGGGGACGGGCCGACGGCAAGGUCUUUGGUGGGAACCUUUCCUAAGGAAACUCCAUACAUUCCAACCGCGUCCGGCUCGGCAGGAGGGAGGCACAGGAAUGCCGGGCCGGGCUGGGCUGGGCUGGGCUGGGCUCAGCUGCCCAGUGCCCAUCCUGGGGACAGUGCCCAUCCUGGGGACAGUGCCCAUCCUGGGGACAGUGCCCAGCCUGGGGACAGUGCCCAUCCUGGGGACAGUGCCCAGCCUGCCAGCGGGGACGGGGACGGGGCUGCUCCGCGCUCGGAUUGGCUGAUCUGAGAAACUGCAGAGACAGUUGUUCAUGGUGAUUUUUUUUCCUUUUAUGUGUAAUGAGUGAACUAUGGAUAUGAUGUUCUUAAGACUUUAAUUUUGCCCUCUUAUGUGUUGCUUCUUUGUAGAAUAAAAAUUGCUGAUCUCUUUAUCGAGACAUUGCGUAGAAUGGGAAAAAAAUCAUAGAAGUCUAUAUUUAUAUAUAUGUGUGUAUGUGUGUGUAUAUAUAUGUACAUACAUAUAUAUAUAAAUAUAACAUUUGAAGGCCUUUUGUAAGGUUGAUUAUUUUGCAGGAUUAUGAGACAAAAUUCAUUUUUGGAGGAAGAAGAUAGAGUGUCCUCUCUAAACAAGAAACUUUAAGAUAGAUGGUUUGGUGGACCAGGGUACCUCUAUAGUGACAAAAAAACCCCAACAACAAACCGCAAGUCAAACCAUUUUAAAGGUAUUUCCCAUCAAUAUAUUACAUUUCAAAAACCAUCUAAAAUCACUGUGACUUGUUAUGGCAUUUUAAGGAAAUUCUCUGUCCUGUCUAAUAAAAGGAAAAAGAAUACACAACUGGA